GCUUCUCAUUUGUGGCCACGGAGGCAGCAACCAGAUCAGAGAGCGUUGGUGAAGAAACAAAAAAGAUAAGAUUUUUCCACCUUACCUUCGUUUCUCAAGACUCUGUGUUGAACCCUUCUUCAAUUCAUCAAUGGCAUCUGCUUCUCUUCUCAAAUCCUCCCCUGUUCUCGAUAAGUUCGAGUGGGUUAAGGGCCAGUCCCUCCGCCAGCCCUCCGUCUCCGUUGUCCGCUGCCACCCCACCGCCGCCCCUUCCACUCUCACCGUCCGUGCUGGCUCUUACAAUGACGAGUUGAUCAAAACCGCCAAAACUGUGGCGUCUCCGGGACGUGGAAUAUUGGCUAUGGAUGAGUCUAAUGCGACUUGUGGAAAGCGUUUAGCUUCAAUUGGAUUAGAAAAUACAGAGGCUAACCGUCAGGCUUACAGAACUCUGCUGGUCACUGCACCAGAUCUCGGCAAGUACAUCUCCGGUGCUAUACUCUUUGAAGAGACUCUCUACCAAUCCACCGUUGAUGGUGAGAAGAUCGUCGACGUUUUGGUCAAGCAAGGCAUUGUCCCUGGAAUCAAAGUUGACAAGGGUUUGGUGCCACUUCCUGGUUCCAACAAUGAAUCAUGGUGCCAAGGUCUCGACGGCCUUGCUUCUCGUGCAGCUGCUUACUACCAACAGGGUGCUCGUUUCGCCAAAUGGCGCACAGUCGUGAGCAUCCCAAAUGGCCCAUCAGCCCUCGCCGUCAAAGAAGCCGCCUGGGGCCUUGCUCGCUAUGCUGCAGUCUCACAGGACAAUGGGUUGGUUCCGAUUGUGGAGCCAGAGAUCUUGCUGGACGGUGAGCAUGGAAUUGACAGAACUUUUGAGGUAGCACAGAAAGUUUGGGCAGAGGUAUUCUUCUACCUUGCAGAGAACAAUGUUCUGUUUGAAGGAAUCCUUUUGAAACCAAGUAUGGUUACUCCUGGAGCUGAGAGCAAAGACAAAGCAAGCCCUGAGACAGUUGCAAAGUACACAUUGUCUCUUCUCCAAAGAAGAAUCCCUCCAGCUGUUCCUGGAAUCAUGUUUUUAUCAGGUGGGCAAUCUGAGGUAGAGGCUACAUUGAACUUGAAUUCCAUGAACCAAGCACCAAACCCAUGGCAUGUGUCCUUCUCAUAUGCCAGAGCUCUGCAGAACACCUGCUUGAAAACAUGGGGUGGCCGGCCGGAGAAUGUGAAAGCUGCACAGGAUGCUCUGAUUCAACGAGCCAAAUCGAACUCGCUCGCCCAGCUUGGAAAGUACACCGGUGAGGGCGAGUCCGACGAAGCCAAAGAGGGAAUGUUUGUCAAGGGUUACACAUACUAAGCUUUUCUAUAGAUCAAGAAGAUGAAGAAGAAGAUGAUGAUGGCUGAAUUCGGAGACUAAUUGCUCUGUUUGUUAUGUUUAUGAUGAUGAUGCUUUAUAGCAAUUUAAAAAGAACAAAAAAAAAACUAUUUUUGUGUAUUCUUAGCAGCUUAAUGAACAUUUUGUUGAUGAUUUUAGUUUAGUUUGUGCUCUUCUCAAUCCUAUGUAAGAUGCUUGAAUUUGCAUUAA